UUCUGUACUUUCCCGGUUUUAUUUGGACUGUAUACGUAGCAUUGAGUCAUUGAUCAAUGACCGUUGGCAAUUGUUAGUGUUUAUAUCUGUAUCUUCUAAUUAUUUAUGAAGUUGAAUCUCUUUUGUUAACAGAUAUUGCAGAUUCUGAAUUGCGCGAUAAAAUAAGCAAUUGAUUUCAGUUAAUGCAUGAUGGAGUCGAGAAUUACUUCAACAGACAAUGAAAACGAAUUUACACCAAGGGCCUAUCAGAUAGAGCUUUAUGAAAAGGCUGUGCAACACAAUACUAUCCUUUACUUGCCAACCGGUGCAGGAAAGACAUACAUAGCGAUUAUGCUUCUGAAACAUUUCAGUGGUGAUGUACGCAAACCUUAUGCAGAAGGUGGAAAACGUAGCAUAUUUGCUGUAAAUACAGUAGCAUUAGUAAUGCAACAAGCAGAUUACAUAAGAAGACAUACUGGAUUAACAUGUAAAGGAUACAGCGGGGACAUGCAGGUGGAUUAUUGGAAAGUAGAACAAUGGAUGGCUGAAAUAGAAGCACAUCAAGUUCUAGUAAUGACAUCACAGAUUUUUUUGGAUAUACUUUCACAUGGAUAUAUGAAAUUAGAUAGAAUAAACUUGAUUGUGUUUGAUGAAUGUCACAGAGCUGUUUCAAAUCACCCUAUGAGACAGAUUAUGCAACGAUUUGAAGAUUGUCCUAAAGAAAAACAACCACGAGUCUUAGCCAUGUCAGCAACAUUAUUAAACGCGAAUAUAAAAUUAGAUAAAAUUGAAAGUACUAUUAGGUCCUUAGAAAUAACAUUCCACUCGAAGAUUGCCACAGUAGAUUCAACAGAUUGCAUCGAAGGAUAUUGCACAAAUCCAAAAGAAAGUAUUGUAAAAUACACAUCAUAUCAACCUCCUUCAGUAAUGGUACAAAUAAGUGAAAUAAUAGAUGAAGCUAUAGAAAUAUUAAAAAACUUAAAUUUGAAUCUGGAUGAUUUGUAUAAGGAAUCUAGUCCCCAAAUGCGACCUAAGCCGAAAUCUUCCAAGUUAAUUGCUAUUCUAAAUGAUAUUAAAAGCACCACAACACAAACAGGAAUAUAUGGUGGUAGCAAGUCAGCUUUACUACACAUAAUCCAGAUAGAGUCUUUAAAAAAAUAUUGUGAUGAUCAAAUAACAGAGAUUGCUUUGGAUUUUAUGAAAACACAAAUAAUAUUAAUAAGAAGAUUGUUCUAUCAACAAAUGAAGAAUUUUACAGAAUUAGAUCAAUUGUACAAAUUCACAUCUGACCAAGUUCGUAAACUAUUUGAAAUAUUAGCUGACUUUAAUGGCAAACUAUUGUACAAUCAAAAGUUUUGCUGCAUUAUUUUUGUCAAAGAGAGAUUCAUGACACAAGUCAUAUAUCAUAUAUUAAAAAAAUUACGCAAUCAUGAUCAACGGUACACCUUUCUUUCGCCCGAUUAUAUAAUUGGAUUCCAAAAUAGUCCUUACAAAUAUAGUAGAGAGGUGACAUGUAUCGCAAAAUGGAAUAAGGACGUUUUACAAAGAUUUAAAACUGGUGCAGCAAAUUGUAUCGUAGCGACUGAUGUCGUUGAUGAAGGUAUCGAUGUUCCAUCAUGCACCUUGAUCGUACGAUAUGAUAUGCCUUUGGAUUUCAGAGGGUACGUUCAAAGUAAGGGUCGAGCGCGUCACAGUACCAGUCGUUACAUAGUCUUAAUGCCAAAUGAUGAUUCAAAUUUUCUGCAGAAAUAUGAGUUGUAUAAAAAUAUGGAAUUUAAAUUGAAAACGUUGUUGGUGGGACAAAAUAAACUGCGUACGUUGCCUACUGAAAGUGAUAUUGCAAACUCUCUAUAUACAUACGAGAUCGAGCCAUAUACUGUGAGAUCAAAUGGCGAAAUAGUGAGCUGUAUAACGGAAGGAUCUGUGGUCAGUUUGAUAAAUACGUAUUGCAAUACUUUAUUGAGAUCCAAAUUCGUUCACUUGGUUCCUGUGUGGAAAGUAUACGAAGAGAAAGAUUCAAAUGGAGAGACAUUGUAUCGGAUAAGUCUGAAACUACCGAGCGUAUCACCAGUGAAAGCCACAAUUCACAGCGAUUUUAUGAAGAGCAUAGAUAAUGCCAAACGAUCGGCCGCUAUGAAGAGUUGCAUACAAUUGCACCAGAAAGGCGCAUUAUCAGACAAGUUAUUACCCGCAACUGAGACUGCAGUCCUGCAAAACUUGAAUCAUUUAUUCCCACAUUGGGUGGAGGAAAAAGAUUAUUUGCCUGGCACAUAUAAAAAGAAACGAAAUCACAAGCUAAUGUAUCCGACGGCAUUAUACGGCGGGUUCCCAGGGCCUUUGAAGAAGUUGUAUCUUCAUGUACUCAAUUGUACUCCUACGUAUUCCAUGAUGAAUUAUGAUAACAGACGCAUGGUUUUUUAUUCUUUACUUGAUAACAAAAGUGGUUUUGGUAUCCUUUCUACGAUGAAUUUACCAGAGAUACCGCCUUUCCCGAUUUUUAUGAAGGAUGGUAAAUUAAAUGUCGAGGUGAAACACAAUUUUUCAACGACAAUACUGAGCGGAAAAGAUAUCGAAUCGCUCAAAAGAUUUCAUUUCUUGUUGUUUACUGACAUCAUUCCCGUCAUCAAAGACUUUAUGCUUUUUGAUAACGAUAAUCUUGAGAAUUCCUUCCUAAUUGUUCCAUUAAAUGAAAAACAAGAGAUAAAUUGGGAAAUUGUCAGAUCGCAUCAAUAUGUGGAUCGUAUCAUGCCGUCUAAACCUUUUCACUUUAAACAUAGCGAUUACGAAUUAGCGUUAGUUACACCGACUUACAGAGGAUCAACGAAUGUAUACAUAGUUACGCGAGUAUGCGAUGACCUCACACCUGAAUCAUGCUUCCCCAACGAAGAUUUUGAAACGUUUACACAUUAUUAUAAAGAAAAACAUGGAUUAACUAUUGAAAAUCUGCAGCAAUCGAUGCUGGAAGUAAAGCCUAUACCGGUCAAGAUUAAUUACAUAAAACCGAGGGCAUUGCUCAACGGUCCGGUGAAAUAUAAGAAAGCGGACGACACAGUAGAGGAUCUUCAGGAACAUCUGAUUCCAGAGCUGUGUUGGAAAAUAAACUUCCCGGCUUUGUACUGGUUGAAAGCAACAACAUUGCCUACAAUUCUUCAUAGAAUUUCUCAACUCUUAAUCGCAGAAGAUUUGAAAGAAAUUAUCGCACAAGAGACUGGCUUAGGAGAAAUUGCAACGUCGCUACAAAAAUGGCCUUCAAUAGAAAAUAUUGAGAAAUCGAGGGAGGAGGAAUCUAAUCAUGAAUCAGACUUAACGAUGGAUGACUUGAUUGAAAAAACGCAACCGAAUCAACCGGAUCUGUUGGAAAUAGACUGUUCCCUGUUGAGUGACCAAGAACCCCAAGAUUUGUAUCGCCAUAUGGAUGAAGUACAAAUGAUCGACAUCCAGUAUUAUCAUCAUUUUAUGGUCACAAGCAACGAUGAAAAGGAUAAAAUUCAAAAAAAUACGAACAAAAGUGUUGGUAAAUAUAUCGCGAAGCCAACAGUAUUGGUACCACCGUUGAAUGUCCUUGCGUCGGAGAGACUUGAUAUGUCAUGCGGUCCUAGCGCAGCGGAAAUCAUGCCUGCGCUGACCACUAAGCUGGGGAUGGAUGUAUUCAAUUUGGAGCGAUUGGAAACCUUAGGCGAUUCGUACUUGAAAUUUAUCGUAUCGCUGUUUUUGUAUCACGAGUUCCCGAAUUUCGCUGAAGGCCAAUUGACGACGUUGAAGGGAAAGAUUAUCGGCAAUCGGAAUCUUUACUACUGCGGCGAGAAUAAGGAUAUUCCCGGGCGCAUAAAGAACGAUGCGUUCGUCCCUAUGAGCAAUUUUAUUGCACCCGCAUUCACGGUGCUACGUCCGCUGCAAGAUAUUUUCUUGAACGAAGAGAUCGCACCGAACGUGUUGUACGAACUUCAUAUACCGACCGAAGAGAGAUUUACUGGAAUUAUAUCUGAAGAUACGAAAAAUGAAAUGCAAGAGACGGUAAUUAAUUGGGACAAAGGUGAGCUGCAAACUGGCUUCGAGCAUUAUCUCGGCAUUCAAAUCUUAUCCGAUAAAACCGUGGCGGACGUGGUGGAAGCCCUGAUUGGUGUUUAUCUGAAGAGCAACGGUAUAAGAGGCGCCACGAAGCUACUCAAAUGGUUCAAUAUAUUGCCAGAUAUUCAAAUUGAUAACUUACUGUAUAGCGAACCACCGAAUCCUAUAAUAGGCAGUGGAAAUGUCAACCAGUUUAUGCCAUGGGCGAAUAACAUAGAAACUCAAUUCGGUUAUAAAUUCAACAAUCGAGCAUAUUUGUUGCAGGCGUUCACGCAUCCAUCUUAUACAGCAAAUGCGAUAACCGAGUGCUAUCAAAGAUUAGAAUUUCUCGGGGAUGCUAUAUUGGACUUUUUAAUUACAUGUUAUAUUUAUGAUAACUGUGGAGACUUGAGUCCUGGUGAGCUCACAGAUCUGAGAUCUGCGCUCGUAAACAAUAUAACAUUCGCUUGCUUGGCAGUGCGGUACGGUUUACAUACCGCAUUAUUGGCGUACGCUCCAAAAUUGCACGAAGCAAUCGAUCGUUUUGUAAGAUUCCAAGAAGAGCGGAACUAUGUAGUUGACGACGAAUUGCUGUGUAUACUGCUCGAAGAGGAAGAUUGUAGCUUGGCAGAAUACGUUGAUGUUCCGAAAGCUCUCGGUGAUAUAUUCGAAUCGUUAAUUGGAGCCAUCUAUCUCGAUAGUAAAAAAAAUCUUGUAAAAGUUUGGCAGGUUAUAUAUUCUCUUAUGCAUAAGGAAAUCGAGAUGUUUAGUAAAAAUAUUCCUAAACAACCGGUACGAGUAAUACAUGAAAAUACAGACGCACGACCUAAGUUCUUAGAAGCGACAUUGAUUGAAGGUACUGGCACAAUUAUGGUGCCUUUAAAAAUAACUAUUAAUGGAAAGGACAAGGUCUUCCAUGGUUUUGGAAUGAAUAAAAAACAGGCUAAGUGCGCAGCUGCGAAGCAAGCUUUAAAAAGACUGCAAAAGGAGAAGUAGCUCCGCUUCAAUUAUUUUAUAUAACACAUAUGCACGCAUAUACAUAUAUUGAUGUCCAAAAGUUAAACAUAACCAGUUCAUUUGCAUGUUUUUUUUUUAAUUUUUUUCUGUGUACAUUUGCCUGUACACAGAGAUUGGUUUAAAAUAGCCACACACCGUGAUAAACAAUCCCGCUCUUCCCUCCCUUUCAAC